AUGGUCCGACUCAACAGUCUGGCCGUUGCCGCACUCGCCGCCGGCGCUAUCUCUGCUUCAGCAUCUUCGUCUACAACACCGUUGCGCGGUGUCGCUCCCGCAGACGCCUCCAAGUACCAGCCCACAAAAGACGCCCAAGGUCGACUGAGAUGGACCUGUCUCGACGGUUCCAAAGAGCUCUCUUGGUCCGCGAUCAACGACGACUACUGCGACUGUCCAGACGGUUCCGACGAACCGGGCACCUCGGCCUGUCACAACUCCUCCUUUUACUGCGCCAACCACGGCCACAUUCCCGCCCGCAUCCGCUCCAGUCGCGUCGACGAUGGCAUCUGCGACCCAGAGUGCUGCGAUGGCUCUGACGAGACGGACGGCAAGAUCCACUGCCCUGAUCGCUGCGCGAAAGUUGGUAAAGAGUACCGCAAGAAGAUGACCGAACUCGAAAACUUGCGUCGCGCAGGUGCAAAGAUCCGCGACAAGUACAUCGCAGACGGCCGCAAGGAGAAAGAGUCACUCGAAGCCGAAAUCGCCAAGCUCGAAGUCGAAGUGCAAGUGGCUACAGAGAAAGAGGCUAGGCUGCAGAACGAGCUGACGCGCGCAGAGACGUCGGAUAGGCACGUGAUCGAUGCCAAGAUCAAGACGCCGCUCUACGCCAAGCUCGUCGACCAUCAGACUGCCAUCAAAGCGCUUCAGGACAAGAACGCUGCGCUCAAGUCCGAGUUGUCCACCCUGACGCUCUUGCUCGACGACCUGGCGAAAGGGUACAACCCCAACUACCAGGAUAUGGCCGUCAAGGGCGCCGUGGUGGCGUACAAGGAGUGGCGCGGCAUCUCUGCCGCUACUUCAGAAACGAAAGACGAAGCCGAGGCGGACUCGGCCAACACAGUCGACCAGCUCGCUGCGGAAAAUGUCAAGCUCAGUCAGCUGCUGGACGAAGGCGAUUGGCCCUCGAGCAAGAUUUCCUCUCUACUGGGUGACGAUCCGCUCGAUAUCAUGGAUCGUGGAUUGAGCGGUGCAGCGCACGACAAGCGCGUCUACGCCAACGAGUCCGAGGACGGAGGACUGCUCUUCCGCAUUCACGAGUACCUACCGGACGUUAUCGUGCCAUACUUUGAAGCCAUGGUCGAUACGUUGCUCGACGUGCUCAUCAAAGCCAACGUCAUCACGGACGUCAAACGUAUGCGUCCCAAAUCAACAGCCUCGUCAGGCACUGCGGAUGAGCCGGAGAACGUCUCUGAGGCUCGACGCGCACAUUCAGAGGCGGCAAACCAUCUCUCGCGCACCUCGGCCGACUUGUCCACGCGCAAGCACAAGCUCGCCGAGUUUGCCACGCGCUACGGGAGGGAGGCCGAGUUCAAAGCCCUCGAGAACAAGUGUUUCAGCAAGGACAUGGGCGAGUACACGUACGAAUACUGCUUCUUCGGUCGCGCCAACCAGAUCCCCAACAACGGAGGCGCCCAGAUCUCGCUCGGCACGUUCAGCCAGUUCAACCCGCAACAGAACAGCUCGCCGGAGGAAGAUGCGUACUGGAUGCAGCAGAUCUAUGCGCGCGGACAGAAGUGCUGGAACGGCCCCGAGCGCAGUGCUGUCGUGGACCUUGAGUGUGGCGUGGAAAACAAGGUCUUGGACGUGUUUGAGGCGGAAAAGUGCAUCUACUCGAUCAAGGUCACUACUCCCGCAGUUUGUUUCCCGGUGAAGCAGCAGCAGCCGAACGAUGGAGGAGCCAGUGGACACCAGCUGAAGGACGAGCUCUAG